ACACACCGACACAACGGAGAGCACUUUUUUUGGGGGUGAUUGAGGGGACCUUGUGUGGCUCCCAGCAUCUCCCUCCGUCCUCCCGUUGAGCUGGAUGUGUCAGAGCGGCGUUGGUCGCCGUCAGCCGCUCAAACAUUAUUUAUAACCGACAAGAAAAUUGGAUGGGACGCACACACGGGCAAGACAAUCCCGGAAAUAACAUGCGUACUCUCAGCCUGUCACGUACGCUCACUGUGGAUUUGCAUUGCUGUAGGCUGCCGUAGAUAUCCCACACAGCCUCAAAAUGUGCCUAAAAACGAUACAAACAAAUCGCAUUAAAUGAGAGUACAAUGUGCGAAACAGAAGCGAGCAGAAGAGGACUCGGACAUGAAACUUCUAGCGGCCGUGGCAAAGCUCCUCUCCAUCAGAGAAAGCUGUGGCUCAGCUAGAAAAUGAAGCGAGGACGUGAGCUACGUGCGCAUCCAGCAGAUGACGAGAUGAAAUGGAGAGCUUGGGACACACGGACCUUUUAAAUCCAAGCUCUUCCCGCGGAUCCGUCGCUGUCUCGCCUUCGCAAGAGAGAGGGACGAGCGGCCAGCAGCUCGUCUGCGGAGCGGCGGAGAUUCACCGAGCGGACAUGGGGCUGAACGGUUUCUGCGCGGCGCCGCUCGGGAGCCGAACGGCCGCGGAGUUACUCGCGGGUCUGGCUUCUCAGACCGACUCCCCCGCGAUCACAACCCCGACGAAGCAGUGCAAAACCGGCGUGCCGCUCUACAAUGGCGGGGUGGUGUCUCCGUCUGCCACCGUGGAGGGGAGUCAUGCGGGAGUUUUGGCUCACACACCAAACGGUUACCCGGCACAAAGGAAGGGGGUGGCGGAGGUGACGGGCAGCCCUAUGUACCCCCUCACCAGCAGAGCCUGUCUGGUGGAGAACGGGGACCGGACAGCUCAUGAGAAGUGCCCUUCGGUGAUGAGGAGGAUCAAUGGUGACCUGAAGGCCAGACAGGUGCAGCAACAGAAGAGGAGAGGUGGAGAGAACCGGGACACCGGGUCAGGAACUCUUAAUGGUCUAAUGAUAGGGUCGCAGGUGUUAGGGAGCUCUGCAGACCCGGUCUUUCCUUCGGGAGACUUGGACCCUAAGCGGAGAAGAUUGGCUGAUGCAAGUGUUGCUCACAGAUCUCCAGAGGCCUCCAGAGUGGCCCGACCCGUCCCCCCGCUCGCGGUCACAGUCAACAGUUCUCAGAGCAACCAAAUGACUAUCAAUCAUGUGCACUGUGUGACUCCCCAAUCUCCCUUCACCCCUCGUGCCCCUCAUACUAACCAGCACAAUGGAUAUAAGGUGGCCCCACCAGGCCCGCCAGCUGCCCCCAGCCAGAACUCCCCAGCUGAGGCUAACAGCAUCCCAACCCAGCCGCCUCCUGCAGGGGCCGGCUGGUCAGCAGAGCGCAUAGCCCGGCAGUACAUCGUCCCCUGCAUGAAAUACUACGGCAUCUGUGUGAAGGACAAUUUCCUGGGCCCUGAGCUGGGCAACAGGGUCCUGGAGGAGGUGGAGGUCCUAAACCAGAGCGGUAAAUUUCGGGGCGGGCAGCUUGUGAGCCAGAAGAGCAUUCCCUCUCGGAGCAUCCGGGGUGACCAGAUCGCCUGGGUGGAGGGACGAGAGCCGGGGUGCGAGAGCAUCGGGGCGCUGAUGGCUCACAUUGACGAGGCCGUCAUGCACAGUGCUGCCAAUGGACAGCUGGGGGACUGUGUCAUCAAUGGACGCACUAAGGGCAUGGUUGCCUGUUACCCAGGUAACGGGGCAGGGUACGUCCGCCAUGUUGACAACCCCAACGGUGACGGACGCUGCAUCACGUGUAUCUACUAUCUCAACAAGAACUGGGAUGUCAAGAAACAAGGAGGGAUGCUGCAGAUCUACCCUGAAGGCAAAAAUGUGGUGGCCAGCAUCGAACCCCUGUUUGACCGGCUGCUCAUCUUCUGGUCUGACCGCAGGAACCCACACGAAGUCAAGCCAGCCUACGCCACUCGCUAUGCCAUCACAGUCUGGUACUUUGAUGCCAAAGAGAGAGCUGAAGCUAAAGAGAAGUACAAAUUGGCAACAGGACAGAAAGGUGUUCAAGUGCCUGUCACUCAAAACAGCAGGACAUAAAUCUCAUCUAAUCACUGGAGAGCACUCCAAAAGUAUUAUGUGCCUUCCUCAACUGUUCAUGGGCGUCGUGAUCAUAAAGGGAGACACCGUUAAACUGUCAGUCAUCUCUGCAGCUCCAUGCCACUUUUACAGCAUCAGCCGUCAGAUUUCACAUUAUGGACUGUGAUGUUUUCCUGCCAAUGUGAUUGGGCUGCUGAUCAAAGACGUGGCAGAUACAGAGCACAACGAACUAGAUUGUGCACCAGGGUGAGAUCAGAAUUAUGCGUCAUGGCAAAAGAAGAAAACUUUGACGUCUCACUGAAUCAUGUAUGAAGACAACAAAUUAAAAAAAAAAUGGACUCCUUUAUUUGAUUUUGUUGCAGUUUUGCCUGUUCAGUUAUCAUUGAUGUUGUGAUGUAUUGAGAAAUCAUUGUUUUACUCUACUCUGGUGUAACUUUAAAUUCAAACACAAGGAGCGUAAAUGACGAAUCAGUCGAUUCACAGAGGGGGAAAAUGAGACGCAAGGUGUGGAAAUCAAUGGUUUCGUCCCUGAAAUUCCUUAUAUCCCCUUGUCUGUGAUGUGGUUUCCUUGUCUCAUGAUGUGGGCAAUGUGUGGUCAGUGUAAAAGACAGAGGCACAGAAAAGAAAUUGACAAGGCAUCAAACGAUUGUCACCUACGAUACAGUGGAAAGUUGCCCUAAAGCAACAGCAGCACUAGUCCUGGCUCAAGCACUAAACCUAAACAUUACAGGGCCGAACUUAAAGCUUGCAUGAGGACGACUCCACACUGUAGUUUUACUCUUUAUAGCACACAAGGUAGAGUUCAAGAAGUACUCUAGGACUUUAUCACAGUACCUGGCUAAGACAAAAAAAUCUUUUGCAACAGCCUCAAAAUGUUAGUGCGACAAAAUCACUUAAUAAUCCAGCAUGGACGUUUCUUUUUUUAAUUUUUAGUUGUUGUGAGGUGUGAAACAGGUUUUUAAGACUGCACCUAAUGUACUCGAAGCUUUUUUACAUGACGGAUGUGUAGUGCUCUCAGUAUGACUGAAAUACACGGCUCACACUUGAGACAAGAGGCAACCUGUGCAGUGACAGGGGUCUAAACAGGGUUUGAUGCAACUGAGUGUGUUUUCUGUCUUGGCGUGAGUUUGAGUAUGUGCGUGCGUGUGUUUGUGUGUGUAUGCUCAUUAACCUCUCUUACCUGUUCUUAACAAGAUGGAAAAAGUAUGUAUUACCAGUGUGGACACAAACACACACACACCUGUACAAUUAAGACCAUUUACAGUAUAAAGCACAGAGUUAAGCAUACACUGUAUGUGAACUGCAGGGUCAAACUACUGUCUGCUCAUGUGUGUGAUUGAGUAUUUGUGUGUAAAUGUGUACUUGCACAUGUAUGUGACAAUUUCCACUGUCUCAAAGAGGGUCACAGGUAUUGUCUCAGUGUAUUUUAGAUUGGUUAAAGAGAAGGUUAUUUUAAAAAGCACUUUAUUGUUUGAAAUACCAUGCGUGAAUGAUAGAAAAAUAUAACUGAAAAUGUAGAUUAAUGCCUUUAUGCUGUGGAUAAUAUGGUCAUUCAAAUGCAAUAGAAACUAAAAAAAUGAGAACAAAUGGAAAUUGUUUGCUUUAUUUUUUUUUAUUUUGGAGGAUUGGAUUAAAACCUGUUUGUUUUUGUACACAAA